ACAAGUGUGCGUUCUAGUUCUUUUCUUCAGUGUCCGCUGCUGCAAAGUGCAAAACCUGAGAGAGAAAAUGGAGAAGAUGAAAAUAGAAGAGGUUCAAUCAACCACGAAGAAACAGCGUGUUGCUACACACACUCACAUUAAAGGCCUAGGUCUCGAGGCGAGUGGAAAAGCAUUGAGUUUUGCUGCUGGGUUCGUUGGACAAGUUGAGGCAAGAGAAGCAUCAGGUCUUGUGGUGGACAUGAUACGGCAGAAGAAGAUGGCCGGCCGGGCACUUCUUCUCGCCGGACCGCCCGGGACCGGCAAGACGGCAUUGGCACUUGGAAUAAGCCAGGAGCUUGGCACCAAGGUACCGUUCUGCCCUAUGGUUGGCUCCGAAGUUUACUCCUCGGAAGUAAAGAAGACUGAGGUUCUCAUGGAAAAUUUUCGACGGGCCAUUGGUCUGCGUAUCAAGGAAAACAAGGAAGUAUACGAAGGGGAGGUCACCGAGCUCUCUCCAGAAGAAACUGAGAGCGUAACAGGUGGUUAUGGUAAAAGUAUUAGCCAUGUCAUCAUUGGAUUGAAGACAGUGAAAGGAACAAAGCAACUCAAGUUGGAUCCUACCAUAUAUGAUGCCUUGAUUAAGGAAAAGAUAGCUGUUGGCGAUGUUAUAUACAUUGAGGCAAAUAGCGGGGCUGUAAAAAGGGUGGGUCGAAGUGAUGCUUUCGCUACAGAGUUUGACCUUGAAGCUGAAGAGUAUGUUCCACUGCCUAAGGGAGAGGUUCACAAAAAAAAGGAGAUUGUUCAGGAUGUUACCCUACAUGAUCUGGAUGCUGCCAAUGCACGACCUCAAGGGGGACAAGAUAUUCUGUCUCUGAUGGGUCAGAUGAUGAAGCCCAGGAAAACAGAAAUCACUGACAAGUUGAGGCAAGAGAUUAACAAGGUUGUUAACCGAUAUAUUGAUGAAGGUGUAGCAGAGCUUGUUCCUGGAGUUCUAUUCAUUGAUGAGGUUCAUAUGCUAGAUAUGGAGUGUUUUUCGUAUUUGAAUCGUGCUUUAGAGAGCUCCCUAUCUCCAAUAGUAAUCUUUGCUACUAAUAGAGGAAUAUGCAAUGUAAGAGGAACUGAUAUGACAAGUCCUCAUGGCAUACCUGUUGACCUGUUGGAUCGGUUGGUGAUCAUUCGAACGCAAACAUAUGGUCCUGCUGAAAUGAUACAGAUUCUAGCUAUCCGUGCUCAAGUAGAGGAACUGGUUGUGGAUGAAGAAAGUUUAGCUUUCCUUGGGGAGAUUGGACAACAAACAUCUUUAAGGCAUGCAGUUCAACUGUUAUCACCUGCCAGCAUUGUUGCAAAAAUGAAUGGCCGAGACAACAUCUGCAAGGCGGAUCUUGAGGAAGUUUGUACGCUAUAUUUGGAUGCCAAAUCAUCGGCCAGGUUACUUCAAGAGCAGCAGGAGAAAUACAUUUCAUAAUAUUGUUUUCCAACUGUUGCGAUGACUGUUGGUUGGGUUUGAAUUACAACCAGUUUUUGCUUUCGCUUCUAUACUGUCUCUUGCAUGAUUGAGAUAAUCGGUUCAAGGGCUGUAAUUUUGUUACUGAAUUCAUUUUAGGAUUAUUUUUCAUGAUGCUUUUGAUGACUGAAAAUGAAAAACAGCGUGGAAAUGUAAUGAGGCAGUUAGUUUCCCAUAUUUUUCGUUUCUCUGUAUUAUCUUUUGCUUUUCUAAAUUUAGUUCUGUUGAUAAUGGACUUUAAUGUCUUUGGUUUAUCCCUUGUACAACUUUCUAAUGGCAUUUGGAAUAUUUUACGAUGUGCU